GAGAGAGAAAGCCAGAGAGAGAGAGAGAGAGAGGCUGAGACACAUUCGUGUGUGAUAGAGGCAUACGCUUCAAUUCUGUGUGUGUCUGUAGGACCAUCAUGUGGUAAUUCUCUCGAUUAACAAGAGUUAUGGUAGGAAGGACAAAGGGAAUCCAAAGAUGCCAGCUUUGGUGAACUGAUGGAGUUUCAUCUGAAGUUCAGGACACAAUGACCCCCGAGGUGAUGGAGGACAGCAACGGAGUUUGCCACAUAGUGGAAGAGAGGGAGGGGGACGUUCAAAUUCAGUACUCCAGACCUCAUGCGCGGGACAGCAUCAACAGCAGACCUGACUGGUCGAACGGUCAGUGUGUAGCGUCAGUGCCGAGCUGCUCGAUGCUGUACCCCAGCUUUAAUCUGCCUCAGUGCCAUGCCAAACUGGAGAGGGAGGGCUUCCAGAUUCCACGUGAAGACAUGGAGACUCCACUGAAAACAGCUCUGGACGUCCCCUCGGUCAGGAGAUACAUGGUUUUCAACUCGGCUCAGUUUCAUUUUAUAAUGGCACCGGUGCUGUAUGUGGUUUUGUGGUGUGCCGUGUUUUCCACCCUCCACCUCUACAUCACCGUUAGCGACUACUGGGUCCUCUGUCUCUCCGUCAGCCUGAUCUCCAUCGUCCUCACCACUGCCGUCAUCCUCAUCCUUCACUGCAGUAACAAGGAGAUCAACGUGAAUUUAGAUAUUCGGUUGGUCCAGGUUAACGAGAUGCUGGUGAGACACAAGCUGCUGGUGGGCGUGGCUGACUGGGUGCGAAACUGCACCGGAAACAUGAAGCUGUACUUCGUGUAUUGGGACAUGUCCCCCUGUUUGAGGGCGCUGACUGAAACUUUAGAGGAGCUCAGCUUUGCGACGACUGACACUCAGAAAAAACUGAAGAGCAAGAUGUCUCACUUCGUCCUGGUGACCAAAGUGUCGGCCGGAGACUCAGAUGCGGAGGAGCAGGACUCCGAUGAGCAGACGCCUCUGCUGGGGAAUGGCAGCGCAGCCAGCGGCCCAUCAUCCAACCAGCAGAAGGACGCCACAGCCACCAAAAACUACAGCCUCGUCCCCGAUGCAGCUUUACCUUCUCAGGCUAAAGCCUAUCAGCUCCUCAUGACCUACAGCGCGGCUUAUGUGAAACUCCUCGUGUCUGAGAGGCUCUCAGGAUCGUCCCACCACAGAAGUCAGAGGAGCCACUGCACCACAGCCCCCACCUGCCUCUGUCAGUACAUCAAAACGAAGAUCCUUCAAUAACAACCAAAAGCAAACCAGAAACACAGAGAGCAGCUGGAAACUACACAAACUGACAUAUGGCAGCUUUUUUCUCAGGAGGCAUUAUGGAUUAAGAACAUUUUGAUUCCCAGAAGGACUUGUUUGGAGCCUCAAACUCUUCAUUUCCUUAGUUUUAAGGUUAUCGCUCUCUUGCUGUAUGUCAGCUGCUGUUUUCUUGCCCGCUCUGUUUGCACCAGCUGGAUGUUUACUCAUUUGCACGCUGCCAAACGCUGUCACUGCAGAACACAGGUCCGUCCAGCUGCUGUAAAACAAUGUUUGUCCUCCCGUGUGCAUGGCAGUCAGCCAUGGCCCCUGCUUACUACUGUUUAAAUUAUUUGUACAUAUAUUAAAUACAGGUUAUUAUGACUUGACACACAGUAUAUGUAUAUAUGGGUUUUUCUCAAGUAGAGUUUUGAGGCACUUGUGCUAUUUCCAUAUUAUGUUACUGCUCUGUCUCACUACAUUACUCCAACCCUAGGCAAUCACACUUUGUAAUUUUAGUAAUUGUUAAAUUGUUCUUGCAAGUCCAGGCAAUCACAUAUUCCACACGUAUUAAAACCUAUCCAUAUUUUUAUCAAGAAGGCUCAUUUUGCCAUUUUUUUUAAAAGAGUUUUGUGGGAUUGAGUUUUGCAUCUUUGAUAGCUUAGACCUUAGAGGGUUAAUAUUUAUAUUGUGAUACAAAAAUCCCAGUUUUUAAUAAAAACACAGAAACAAGCACUGGUAUGUUGCAUGUUUUUCUAUAGGUAUUUUCUGGUAAUUCACCGUAGAAAAACUUGAAAAAGUGCAUUUGGGGUAAAUUUAAGGGUCAUAAAACAUUGAUGGCUGCCUGUGACAGGUGUCCUUCUGACUGAUGAGCAGUAAAUGAAAAUGAUGAAGCAAUAUGUACGUAUGUUUGCCUUUAAAAUGCAUUCGAGCGCAGUAUUCGAUUGAAUAAACGUAUUGUGCCGUUGUAGACAAGGA